AUGUGCAGGGUUCGGGCGCAGUGGGUGAAGGGCUGUGAAGCAAAUGUCGAAAGCAAGAUGUGUGCCGCAAGCCUGCUCCGAGGCACGCACAAAGCGCUUGGCCUUCAGAUUGCACACCAGGGAACUGAUGCCAAGCGACGUGCCACGAGAGCCCUCCCUUUCGAGGAGAAGUCACUGGAGCACAUCCUUGGCUUUCUGCAUCCUCUGGAGGUCGCGAACAGCUCCUCUGUAUGCUUCAGAUGGCACAAUGUCACGCUGGCAGGUGCGCUCUGGCAGAAGUUUAGCCGACUUCGAUGGCCGAACGACAGUGAGGUGUUGGAAG